AUGACUAUUAAGAAUGAAGGAUCAACAAAAAGGAUAAAUAGAACAUACUGCUAUAUAUUGCAUCUUUAUAAUCAUCUUAUUAAUGGUCAAAAGACACUGGUAACUCUUAUAAACAUUCAAGUUUUCUUUGACGUUCUUGUACUAGAUGGAGAGACUUCAGAUGAAUGUGAAGAAAAGCUCUCUUACGAAAUCAUACUCUUAGAACAUAGAGACCCAAUUACGAGAAAAGAUGAUCCAAAACCAUUAAAGCAAAUAUGUCUUGUCGAUGUUGAAACAGAAACAGAUUCACGCUGCAUCACAAUCAUUUGCAGAAAUCAA